UCACUCUUCGUUUCUUCAUUGGUUUUUGGUUGUUGUCUGUUUUUUUUUUGUCUGUUUCCCGCCUCCUUCCUCGAUUCGGGGUCUCCCUUCGGUUUUUGGUUUUUCGCUCUCCCCAAACAUAAUCCAAUGACGUUAACGGCCAUCCCUGCAGAGCCACUGCCUGUCCCUUGCGAACCGCAGCAGCAGCACGACCAACAAGUUACAGUGGAUUGCUCGUUGUUACCUUCUUCCUCCUCGUCGUUGUCGUCGUCGUUGUCGUCGUCGUCGUCGUCGUCGUCGCUCGUCACUUCCUCUUCUGCAGCGUCCUCUUUGUCAGCUCUUUCGUCCUCGACCACUGCCUCGAUUGCCUCGGCCUCGCAGUCAAGCUUGUCCUUGUCCUUGUCCAGCUCGUCCAUUGCUUCUGGGCGCACUACCCAGGUCUCUGCAACAUCUACAGGAACUUUUAUCCCGUCUGCUCACCAGCACGGCGCGGUUUCUGCCUCUGUCGUUGCCGCUGCUCAUCCACGUCCGCAUCGCUGGUCGGGUGGCUCGCUCUGGGGUGAAAGUUCAUCGCCGCUCUCUCCACUGCCGUCCUUCCCGCUCCGGCAGCGAUCUUCAUCGUCAUCUGCGUCAUCAUCAUCAUCGUCGUCAUCG